AUGUCUGAUCACGACUCUGGCUCUGAAUCUGAAUCUAACAAACAGCCUGCGUUAAAUGAAGAUGAGGUCGCUAUCCUGCAGUCCUACAUUGAGCAAUGGGACUUGGCUGAGGUAUUGGACCGCAACAAGGUCUUGAAAGCAGCUGCAACCAAGGCUCGGACAAAGGCUCCAGUGAUGGGUAUACGACUGCUGAAAGAUCACAAGGCAGUCUACGAGACAUGGUUCCAAAACCAAGGAAUGAAGAGGAAGCUGGCUAAACCCCCUAUCAAGAUGGGGCAGAGAUGGACCGAAAGAAGUGUUAUAGACACCUCCCGGAAGAAAGAACUAUUAAAAACAAUCCAAGAUGAGACUGGAGCUAAGCCAGGGACGAAAGAAAUGAUCAACCAUUACACCAAGCAGCUCAACCUCCUCAUUGCAUCCUUGCCCCCAGAAGAACUCAAAGAAGCCAAAGAGACGGCUGAUAUAUGGAACCGUCAGGGUGUUCCGGAUGACGUCAAGUCCGACAUUGCCAGGAAAAAAAGCAAUGACAUGAUUCAUCAUUUCGCAACCGAGAUGUGGAACCGGGUGGGAAUGAGGGUCUUUGUUGUGUCAGCUUGGAAAAAUGAAGAGGGUAAGAUUCAUGUGGCUGGUCACGACUAUAACAAUGAAUAUGGUGGUGCCGACUCUUUCAUGAAGACUCGCAAAUGGGAUGCCAUCCUCCCAGAAUGGGAUUCAUAUGCAGAGAGCGCAUUUGAUGGUAACUUGGAUGGCGAUGCAGUUGCAACUCGCAAAAAAGGUCGACAGGACAAAACUUACAUCCUUGAUGUUGGUGACAACGGAUAUCCCGUGCUCCCUGCAUGUGAUUCUAUGGAUCUGGACACGAAGAAAGCAGUUGUGCGCGCAUUUUUGACUUGGCAUUACAGAAAAUGUUGUGGGGAUCCAAAAUUUUCAAUCCCAUGGAAGUAUGUCAUUCCUAGAUGCGGUGAGAUCAUUCUGACAGAGUGCCUUCCGGAAGGACACAAUCUCGCAGAGCCUUCAAAGUUAAGGCAGGUCCAUGCCAUGGAACUGCUACAGUUCUGGUAUAACCGACAGGAAGAGGGCGAAGAGCACGUAUUGGAAUUUAUCGGUUGGUGGGACAAUGAUAAAGAGGAUAUGGUGCUUGCUGCAGACAUGGAAGUACCGGUGACAACACCGAGAAAGAAUAAGAGAAAGCUCAAGGAGAUGUCAGAUCCGCCAAGGAAGCAGGCAUGUCAAUGGCAGCAGUCUCCAGCAGGACGAUCGCAAUCCGGUCAUGCACAAAAGAAUCACAAGGGGAAGAGGCCAUCAAACAAAGAAUCUGACGACGCACGAACUAUCAGCGACGAGUCCCUUGCUGAACAAUCCAAUGGAUCGGAGGAUGAUAUUCCUAGUGGCCUAACGGCGAUUGUGCCAAAACGCUGUAGCGGCCGUCCAGUCCUGAUCCCCGGUAGCAACGACUCCGACAGUGAGGUUGAGGAAAAUAUUCAUGAAAAGUCUGUUAAACCGGUGGGCGCAAGAGGCAAAAAGGUUGCAUUUCCGAUCCAGGCCGCUGCUGUUGAUAUGAGAUCAUCAAAGAAGGGUGCAGCGGUUGAGAAGCCAAGAGACGGCCCUCGGAAGCAUGUGCAAAAGGGCCCUGACCCUGACCGUUUGGCAUCCACCGUGACACACAAAGCCAUUGCACCAAGGCAGCAGAUGGCAGAUCUACCGACGGAAGCUGGUAGAUCAUCUCAUGAGCGCAAUGAUGCUGUGGUCGGUGCGAAAGCUCGAGGGCAGAAAAGGACUGCCAAAGAAUGUUUGGAAGGAUCUCCUGCUAAAUGGAAAAGAAGUCGACGAGUUCAACAGGAUAAAGUGGCUUUUAUAGAGGCUAAGGAGAAGCCAAGGAAGAAACAGUUUGAAGAAGCUACUGAUGGGUCACCCUCAAAACGGACGAGGAGUAAGACUUCACAACCUGCUGCAGGCAAGCGCUCCCGGAAGCUGAACUCUUGGUAUAACGAUUAUGUGAAGCCCUAA